GCAGGGUUCAGGGGUGUGCUACUUACAGAGUGCAUACUUCAGGAGUGCACUACGUACAGACAGCAGGGUUCAGUGGUGUGCUACUUACAGAGUGCAGAGUUCAGGAAUGCACUACAUACAGAGUGCAGGGUUCAGGAGUACGCCUCAUACAGAGUGUUGAAUUCAGGAGAGCAUGAUGUAAAGAGUGCAGGGUUCUGGAGUGUGCUGCAUAUAGAAUGCAGGGUUCAGGAGUGCGCUACUUACAGAGUGCAGAGUUUUGAAAUGCACUACAUACAGAGUGCAGGGUUCAGGAGUGCGCCUCAUACAGAGUGUUGAGUUCA